CUAUCCACAGCGUGUGGUGUUGAGUUAGAAUGACUUUUGCUCUACAAUUAGGCUAGAUCAAAAUAAAGCAUGAGUUAUUGUUUGACAUUUAAAUUACAUUUUUUAGUACCUAGAUCUAACAAUGGAAAAUGCAAAUUCCUGAGACAUUUUUACACAAUAAAUUUUAAUUUAAAUGGGUCAAAAAUAAAAACACAGUGUGCCCCGCCCACCUCAUGCAAAUCAAAGUUUAUUAAGACGCGGAUAACACUGGGGUCGUCGCUGAUCUUAUUUUAUGAACCUUACAAUAAAUUAUUUAAGCCAUUUAAACGUAACAUUUACAGUACAAUUUUCAAAAUGGAUGAAAAUAAACAACCUUCAAUACAGAAUAUAAAGGGACAGGUAGUGGUUUACUCAAUUUUAGGCUGCCCUCACUGCAUGAGAGCAAAAAAGUCAUUAAGAGAAAUGGGUUUGCCAUUUAAGGAUAUAAGACUUGAUUUGUACCCUCAUAUUAAAGAUGAAGUGAUGAAGAGAAGUGGGAUGCGGACUGUGCCACAAAUAUAUUUCAAUGAGAGAUUAAUCGGAGGAAACGAUAAUUUAACACAGUUGCUUCAUAACAAAGAGCAGCUUGAAGAAGCCCUCAACCAAGUUGUGAAUAAUCUAUGUCCUGCAGAUGCACAUGUUAUACCUGAUCCCAAUUCUGCUGUAUCUGAUGCCGAUCCAUUCAAUUUUAAAUGUGAACCAGAUGAAUAUUUUCUACUUGUAAAUGAAAUGAAAAAAGAUAAUUUGAUCCGAACAAACUGGAGUUUUCUCAAAUCCCAGAAAAAUUCUUUUAGUGGCAAAGAUUUUCUGAAUUGGGUAGUUGAGAAAAAAGGUUUAGAUGAAAGUAAAGCUAUUGAGAUGGGCCAAGCUUUACUAGAUCGACGCUUUGUAAAGUCACAGAAUCAUAACCCACAAUUUUCAGUAGGACAAGAUCUGUUUGUUCUUAUUGAAGAUGAUGAGACUGAUGCUUUGAAUAACGGACCUGUAUCUGAUUGUCUUCCAAAAACAGCCAAUGAAGUUGGUGAACUGCUAAGAAAGAUGGUUCUCAACCUGUAUUCAGUGUUUUUGUCUCAAGAUGGAAAGGCUGUUGACUAUGAAGGAAUUAAAGCAAGUGAAGAGUUUCAACUGUACAAAACUAUGACAAGGGAGCUGAUAAGAGUUGAUAUAGAGAACUCCACAAGAGAAGAAAAGCUGGCAUUCUUCAUCAACAUUUACAAUGCUUUGGUCAUCCAUGCCAAUAUUGAAAGGGGACCACCUACAAAUUUAUGGGGACGUUACAAAUUUUUUAACAGCACUAGGUACAUUAUAAGUGGUCAUGCUUAUUCUCUACAAGAUAUUGAAAAUGGAGUUCUUAGAGCUAAUAGAAAGGGUGUUGGUCAGAUCUCAAAUCCAUUUAAUAAAGAUGAUCCCAGACUAAAAGUUGCCUUAACAAGGCACGAGCCUCUAAUUCAUUUUGCCCUUGUAUGUGGAGCUAAGAGUUGUCCCCCUAUAAAAACUUAUACCGCCCAGAAUAUAUACAGUGAACUACAGAUGUCAGCUGCUGCUUUUUUAGAUAGUGAUGAAGCUUGCCAAGUAGAUUUGAAGAGUAACACCAUUAAAUUGUCUGCUAUUUUCAAAUGGUUCCAAGUGGACUUUGGUAAAAACAAAAAGGAGGUUGUAGAGUUUGUGUCAUGUCACAUGGGUGAAGGGCAAAAGCUGGAUGACCUCAAGCAAGUGAUGGAGACCAACAACUAUAAAGUUGUCUACCUUGACUAUGACUGGACCUUAAACUCUAAAGUUUGAUACUGUUGUGAUACUGGUUACACAAAUUUGUGCUGUGUUUCAGUUGUAAUAAAAAAUGUUUUCUUUAUUUAACUUAGAAAAUAUGUUUACACCAGUGUAAUUGCUCUGAUGUUUGUUACAAUUGAAUCCUACAGUCUUUCAAGUUUCAUUCAUCAUUUAAACAUUUUAAUGUAACCAUGUAUUUUGGAGUAAUUUUUAGCUGUUUAAAAAAAUCAUGAUGACUUGUAUUAACUUUCACUAAAGCCAACUUUUCUAUAAGCCAAUACUACUAAUUUUUUGGGGAAAAAUUCAGAUUUCUAUACAAAAGGUCACCAAAUUGUAUAGCACCAUCAAUUUAAUAUUUGGUUUCCCUAAACAAAUUAUAAAAAUUUUACCUCACCUAUUCAUAAGUACACCCCUCCCCCAUCUGCAAUAUUUUCGUACAAAAGUUGGCAAAUAAAUUAGUGUAUACAGUAGUAGUUUUAUUUAUUACUUGUCAAAAUAUCAGGGAUUUUGUUUGUUUCAUUUGUUUGACCUGCAUGAGGUAUUCAAGGGACAUUAUUGUCAAAUAUUUAGAUCCUCCACAUAGCAUGAAUCUCAUGUUAUGCUGUGAUAUCUUUAAGUAGUUUUUUUUAUUUACAUUAUUUCAUUUUUUGAAAAAAUUACUGUUAUUGAGUACAGUACUAAUAUACUGAUGUUAUUGAUAUGUUAAACAGUUUUUAAUAUUUUGUAAAAAUGCAGUUGAUUAAAUUAUAUGUUCCACAAUAAAAUUAUAAAAGAAAUAAGUUUUUUUUUAAAAUUUCAUUCCCAAAAGGAACAGAAAAC